CUGGAUUUUAAUGUCACAUUAGUGAGUUAUGUUCCGAAUUUUAGCAGCGUAUUCCCUUCUGAUUUCGGCUUACGGAGCGUCCAUUAAGGACGACUUCCAGCUGGAUGGUCGUAUUGUCGGAGGACACGCGAUAACUAUCAACCAAGCUCCUUAUCAGGUAGGAUUUCAAAUAAAUGGCGCGAUAGUGUGUGGCGGUAGCAUUUUAAGCCCCACCUUCGUUCUUACUGCUGCUCAUUGCACUGAAGGCCAUGCUGUGAGUGCUGUGUCUAUUCGAGCUGGCUCGAGCUACCGUAGCAGAGGAGGAACCGUCCACGCAGCGUCACAGAUCAUAAACCACGCAAGCUACACCACAAGACCUCUCACCAAUUACGACAUAGCUCUUGUCAAGGUGGCGAAGCCGUUCGCGUACGGCGCGACCGUUAGGCCCGUUGCCCUGGCAACCGCUGUGCCGGCGGCAGGCAGCGCCGUGGUUGCGGCCGGCUGGGGCCAGACCUCCGAGGGCGGCGCAACCUCCGAGCAGCUGCAGCAGGUGCAGACGAGCAUCGUGGCGCAGGCCUCGUGCAACGAGGCCUACUUCAACGAGCUGCAGGCGUCGAUGCUGUGCGCCGGGGAUGCGGGCGGCGGCAAGGACACGUGCAGCCAGGACUCGGGAGGACCCCUGGUACACAGCGGUCAGCAGGUGGGCGUCGUGUCCUUCGGGAUGGGCUGCGGGCGCAAGGGCUACCCGGGGGUCUACGCCAGCGUGCCCUACUUCAGGGCUUGGAUCAAGCAGCACGCCGGGGUCUGACACCUCUACACUUCCGCACAGAGAAAAAAUGUUUUUUUUUUAAUCAAACAAAUAUUUGUUUAUGUAUAUAUGGCGAAACAAAUAUUUACUUGGCGGGACAAAAUAGUUUUGUUAGCUUAACCAAGCUCGGUAAGUUACCAAAAAAAUGACUCGUUACACCUGACCAAAUAUAGGACAUUUGAGUUGACAAAAUAUUUUUUUGUUGGGUCAACAGAAUCUUCUCCUACUUCAAAAUAUUUUCUUGAAUUGACAAAAUAUAUAUUUAUUUCGCCAUAUGCAAACAAUUUUUUUUUGCCGGGGCAAACAAACCUUUCUCUCAGUGCGCGUGCGCACCAACACUAUUUACACUUUGUGUCGUGUCCGGUACCUCCUGUAAUAAUGUUGGCAGGCUUUUUCACGGCCGUUGUCUUGAAGUAGCUUGGCUUCUGGUCGUGUAUCCGUUUCCAUAGGCGAAGAAUUCGCCGACGUUUCGGUCGCCAUCAUCAGGGAGCAGUUACCUACAGUUACCCAGAAACCAAUCUAUGUACUUCAGUAUCUCCUGUGCUUCAAAUUAUUUGUAAACCACUCCCUGAAUAGCUUCAUAUAUGUAUAAGCAAAAUAAAAAACAUCUUUUCCAUGACUGAAAAAAAUUAUUAUGCUUGAAUAAAUAUCAUUUAAAAUGUAAAA